AUGGUAUUGGCGUUUUGCCAUUAUAUUCCACGUGAUGUGGUGUUGCAAGUUUGUUUAUUUUUCCUCUUGUUGUCGUGUAUUUUACAGGCCAUUCUGGUUGGAAGUCAUGGAAAGGAAAGAGGUUCUGGCACGAUUGGCCCACGUGAUGCCACCAUUGUGGCAGGUGUGUUGGUGCACAUUGGAGCUCGUUCUGCGAUAUACACAACAGAUCAAACCAAGAUUUGUGUUUGGUCAAGUAAUUCUGACAUUGUUUCUGUGGGGUGCGCACGUUUUGUGGAGGCGUUUCACGUGGUUAGAGGACCUUUAUUAUCUAGUUUCAUUGUGAGCGUGCUGUCACUGUUGUUUGCUGUGUUUUAUGUCGUUCCAAUGAGCAGGACAACCACCGCUUUGGUGUUGCUCGUGCAAUUGCCCUUUUUUUUGCCGACUGUUUUACACACGGCAGCCGUUGUUUUUUUUUCCAUCGAUGCCGAUACUACGCAAAUGAUGUCGCGAGCCGAAGUGUCUUUUCUGGUGCAAAGGUGA